CAGUAACUGCAGUACACAAGUACACAACACGCAGUACUAUAUUCUACAGUAAUAAAUUUUAAUAAUAAUUAUUAAUUAAUUAAUUAAAAAGAAAUUAAAUUGAUUUAAAUAUUUUAAGUUUACUCUGUGACUUCUUUUUAGAAUUAUUUGAAUUUAAAUAAAUAAUUAAAAUGGCUGACGAUGAAUUUGAUGGAGAUGACAAUGCAGAUGACUUUGAAGAAGCAGAAGAGGAUGAUCACUUAGAUCUCGAAGCUCCAGAAGAAGAGAAUGAAAAUUUUGAAGUUUUACCUUCUGGAGAAGCUUCUGGAAGUGUACAGAAGUCGAAACGUAUUACCACUCGUUAUAUGACCAAAUAUGAAAGAGCGCGAGUAUUGGGUACAAGAGCUUUGCAAAUUGCGAUGUGCGCUCCGGUUAUGGUGGAGCUGGAAGGAGAAACUGAUCCCUUGCAAAUCGCCAUGAAGGAAUUAAAGCAGAGAAAAAUUCCAAUAGUCAUCAGAAGAUAUCUGCCUGACAACAGCUACGAAGACUGGGGCAUUGAUGAAUUAAUCAUCAUUGAUCACUAAUUUCCAUUUAAAUAAUUAAAAAAAAACUUUUUCAUGUAUAUAAUUUAAUAAAACUUCAUUUAAAUUUUUA